AUGAGAAAAAAUGCAAAUUCGAAAAGCCAAUGUCCGGUAAGAUAUGUCAUCCUGCUGUCCUUUAUUUUCGUAAUAACCUUCUUAUCAUUAAAUCCUGUUCGCCUCAUCACAUUAUGCGCACAAUCAGAAUUGCAACUACCAGCGUGUCCAAGAAAAUUAGUAGAAGUGUCACUUUACCUUAAUGAAGAUAUAUGUAGGAGAGUCAAAAAUGCUAAAUUUUUCAAUGAGCCAUAUUUAAGGAGGAGAGUUUUACCAUUUGGAUGUGAGGAGGAGGAUAUUUCAAAGAAAAUAUCAAGGAUGAAUAUAGAAAAAAUGUCAUAUAACACAGGGUUUCUUUUUGCAGAUAAGAAGAAGGCAUAUGUUGUUUUCCACUAUUUGAACGAUUACCAUAAGGAUAAAUAUCAUAAGAUGAUAAAUCACUUAUGGAUAUACUUUACUCAAUUAGCAGGAAAAAUUGGAAUGCCUGAUGAAGAACGAUUGAAAUUUUUAAUGGGCUGUCAUUCAGCUCUCACACGAGAUUUGGAUACUCUGGACGAAUCAUACGAAAAUCGUUUUUUCUCCAUGGCCAAUAAUAAAUUAAUAUUACAAUUAAGUUUCAGAAUUUUCCUUUCGAAAUUUAUAUGGUCGUGUGACAAAUUAACAAGAGGAAAUAAGAGAAAGUGGAGGAAGGCUCUGCUGAAUAUUAUAGAAACGUACAAAGCGUAG